AUGGCGGACGCGAUGAAAAAGCAUGAGGAGCAAAAGGCCCUGUUUCGUGCUCCCAGCAAGCAUGCUCCGGACUCGACCAUCUCUCGGGGACCAAGCACGCAUCGAUCAACAGUGGGGACAGCAGAUGCAUUUCUGACCGUACGAUCCCCCUCGAAGCCCAGAAUUUGUACGGAUAUGGCUUCGUGGGCUCAGUUUCCAUCACACACGAGAGCGGACAGAUGUGGCUCCGCAGGCCGUGCGGAUGCUAUGAGCACCAUAGACUUUGGAGACCCAUCUCGUAUACACAUGGGCGCGGUCAUGCCCGCAGAUGAUGAGCCAGCACCCGGUACAUCACUACGGCGAAGGCUCACAAAUGGAAGUAAGAAAUCGAAAAAGAGGCGUGGACUUGUGAAGAGCACAUCCCAGGGUUUGGAGAGAGUUGGGCGAUAUUACAGCAAUCUGUUCGCAACUGCCAACUUCCGUGGAAACAAUCGCCGGACAUCAGUCUCGGCGAGUACGGRCGUUCUUCAACAUCCGGAGUUGGAGAUGCUCGCACCGGCGCCUGUACCAGACUCACGCCAUCCUAUUCAUGAACAUCUGAAGAAGGUGGAUGAGGAUCUUGGUAUACUUGGCUCGGCAUUUCGAAUUCCAUCUUUCUCAAAACAUGGCCAUCAUCAUAACAAGGCCAAGGUAGAGCAGGAUGACGAGCCGGACGUCGGUCCUGAGGAGGAUGAUGUUUCUGUGCUUGUAUCCCCACCACGUCAAGAGACUCCGACUCCUGAGCCAAUGAGGAAGAUGGAACGGAACAGGUCAAGUUUGCCAUUUCGGAAAUUGAGCACAUUCUUUCUGGUUGAAAGCAAGUCUCACAAGUCCAAAGAAAUGGCAGGUGGAUGGGAGGAUGACGAGAUGCCUCUCCCGCCAGAGCAGGAGCCACCGCUCGGACACGGACAGUAUGAUGGAGCCGUCACUGAUAAUACUGAUGCUGAUACUAUCGAUACCCUUGAUGACAUCAAGGGAGCGGAGAGUAAAUCAGGGUAG